AGUAAACUGAAUACGAGUAGUUCUUUUGUAUGGAAAUUCAGUGCUGAAAGAAAUUGCCAAUUCAUCAUGUCCCUUCUCCUCCAUUGUUUCUUCCCCACCACCAUCACCAAUCACCAUCAUCAUUUCUCCACCAGAAAAAACACAGUGUAAGAAAAAGACUCACUCAAAAAGAGAGAGAAAAAUAAACGAUUAAACCCAAAUAAAACAAAAAAGAAAAAGAAAAAGGGAAAAAAGUUGCCUUUAAUUUCUCUCUCCUCCCAAAAAUUCAUACCUUUCAUUUCAGAUCUACUAGUGCUGAAAUCAUCUUCCCAUCAUUUUAUAAUUUUAAGAGCAAAACCCAGAAAUUUAAGCACCCCCUUUAUCCCAUUUUCUCUCUCCUAUUUAUGGUUCCUUAGUUGUGAAUCAAUUUUUUUUUUGGGGUUUUUUUGAAACCCUAGAAAAAUCAAAACCGAACCCUAGUUUCCGACAAUGGCGACGAGAGGGUCGAGAUUAGAGAAAGUGAAGCGGAUUUUCCAGCAAUUCGAUUUGAAUAAAGAUGGGGGGCUUAAUCGAGCUGAAAUGGCGGGUCUCGUCGUUGCUGUAAACCCUAGGGUUAAGUUCUCCGACGAACAAAUCAAUGCAAUUCUUGACGAGGUUUUUCGGACUUACGGCGAAUUUAUUGAUGGGGAUAAGGGUUUAACUUUUGAUGGAUUAUUGAGAACUUAUGAUGAUGGUGCUGGAGAUGUUGAUCGUGAUUUUGAAGCUUUGAAUCUUGAUUUGGUUGCCGGCGAAGGUGAGGGUUCAAUUGUGGAAGCUUCGACUUCUUCGGUGGCUGAUGAUCGAGCAAUGGAGCCUCAGAAGAAGCAGAGGACAGCGGCGUGGGCGGCGUCGCCGAACCAUGGGAUUGUAUUUGAUGAGACGUGGAAAUUGGUGGAUGAUUUGGAGAUAUUGGUGAAGAGGUUGAAGACGAAGCAAAUGAAAGAUGGGAAAAUAAAGAAUGAUAAUUCGGAUAUGUAUUCUGAUGCCGGGUGGUCGAGGGAAUUUGGGCCGUCGUCUUCAGAGAUUUCGGAGAGGGUGAAGUGGGUGGAGUCAGGGCAUGAUUAUGUUGCAUUUGUGAAAGAAUUGGGUGGUUUGAGGGCGAAGGCGGACGGGGCAAGGUCAAGGGAGGAAGCAUUUGAUGGGCAUAUGGCAAUUGGUAGGGUAUUGUAUGAACAUCAGCUUUUUAAGGAUGGUUUAGUGAGUUUUAAGAGAGCUUGUGAGUUGCAACCAGUUGAUGUGAGACCACAUUUUAGGGCUGGGAAUUGUGCUUAUGCAUUGGGGAAAUUCGGGGAAGCAAAAGAAGAGUUUCAAUUGGCUUUGGAAGCAGCUGAAACUGGUGGGAAUCAAUGGGCUUAUUUGCUCCCUCAAAUUCAUGUCAAUUUGGGCAUUACCCUCGAGGCAGAAGGUAUGGUUUUAAGUGCUUGUGAACAUUAUAGAGAAGCUGCUAUUUUGUAUCCUACUCAUUAUAGGGCUUUAAAGCUUUUGGGUAGUGCUCUAUUUGGGGUAGGGGAGUAUAGGGCAGCUGUGAAAGCCUUGGAAGAGGCUAUAUUUAUGAAACCUGAUUAUGCCGAUGCACAUUGUGAUUUGGCUUCGGCUUUGCACGCGUUAGGGGAUGAUGAGAGAGCUAUUGUAGAGUUUCAGAAGGCAAUUGACUUGACACCAGGUCAUGUUGAUGCUUUGUAUAACUUGGGAGGGCUUUAUAUGGAUAUGGGGAGGUAUCAGAGAGCUUCAGAGAUGUAUACUAGGGUUUUAACAUUGUGGCCAAACCAUUGGCGAGCUCAGCUCAAUAAGGCGGUUUCCUUGUUGGGUGCUGGUGAAUCUGAUGAGGCUAAGAAAGCAAUGAAGGAAGCCUUGAAGAUGACAAAUAGGGUUGAGGUGCAUGAUGCUAUUGCUCAUAUGAAGCAAUUGCAUAAGAAGAAAGUUAAGGCUAAUGGAGGUACAAAUGGGGAGAAUUCUUUCACCAUUGUUGAACCCUUGAAAUUUAAGACUCUGGGUGGAAGGACAACCUCUAGGCAGGAGUUGGCAACUGCCCUUGAGAUCAGGGCUUUUCAGAGACUGUCGAGAUUGGGUAGGUGUGAUGUGGAUCUUUUGAUGAGGGAAAUCAGUGAUAGUGAUGUGCCCUUGUCAUUCUCUGGUACUGGUAUUCCAGAGAAAUCCAUACGCAAGAAUGCUCUAGAAGGUAUACUCCGUAGGCUGCUUGGUUUCUUGAAACCUGAGACAUUUCAAGAAGCAAUCAAAGCUAUAAAUGAAAGAAUCCUUUCUGUUUUAGAUGAUUCUGGACUGUCUAGGGUGGACAUUGGUAUGUUUUAUGCAAUCAUAGCUCCCAUUUGCGGUGGUUCUCUGGAUAAAAGAAAACGUGUUGCAUUUGAAGCUCUUCUGUAUCGGCCUGUCAAUGAAGGGAAUGGGCAGCUCAGAAAAUCUGAUGCCUCAAGAUAUAUGAAGCUGUUAAGAGCCAUCUACUUUCCUGUACAAGGGUCGAGUGAGAUUUUAGAAAUUCAUGGGGAGACAGAUACUUCUAUGGUGUCUUUAACAGAGUUUCUUGUGAUGUUUGAUGACCCUGAAUUCGGUUUUGGUAUUUUGUCCACUCUGGUAAAACUGGAGACUGGUGAUAGAGUUCGGCAUAGCCAUUAUGUGUGUGCAGUUUGCCGGUACCCAAUAAUUGGUUCUCGGUUUAAGGAGUUGAAAGCUCACUUCAGUUUGUGUAAUCAGUGCUAUAGUGAAGGUAAAGUGCCUUGCGCAGUUAAGCAGGAAGAGUUUGCAUUCAAGGAGUACCAAAGGGAGGCAGAAGCCGCCAAAGAUAAGUUCAAAUGUUUUGGUUCGAAAAAGAAUCAGUCCUGAAAUAAUUCUUCAUAGUUAGUUGCAUUUUGUUAAUUGUGUAUUAGCAUUACUCUUUUUGUGUAAGGGUAGUUGUUUGGUGUGAAUUAUGUAGGUUAGUGGAUGUGUGCAGAAACUAAUGUUGUCCUUGUACAGUGAUUAUUUUUUCCCCCGUAGUGUCAAAUGUUAAUUCUUUCUGUUCAA